AUGCGGUUAAUGCAGGGUCACAGUUGGGGCCUCAAUCCGCAUAUUCAUAAGAUCAUCUAUCAGACAGUUGCAGAAAAGAUUGUAACGUAUGCGGCGGCUGUAUGGGCCCAGCCGAUGCAAAGCCGUAAAGUGCGGCAUCUUUCAAGUAUACAAAGGCAAUUUAUGUUAAACAUCACGAGGGCCUACCGCACGACAGCUACUAGCGCACUGAACAUUUUAGCAGGUCUCGUUCCACUUCACAUCAGCGCCGAAAGGGAGGCAGUCCUGCAACAAGUUAAGCAACUGCGGCAACCAGCCACUUUAUAUGAAGAAACUUACUGGCCCAGAGAUUAUGAAAUUCCAGCCAAUCCACUUGAGUUUCACCCAGCACAGCAGAGCGUAGGAGUACGAAUCAACCUCAAAGGGCGACCUGAAGAUAUGAACAGGUACAAUACCCGUAUCUUUACUGAUGGGUCAAAAAUGGAUGACAACGUCGGAUGUGCGUACGUAAUGUUUCAAGGCCAAGAACAGGUCGCGCAAUGGAAGGGCCAUCUGAACAAAAACAACAGCGUCUUUCAAGGGGAGGCACUGGCAAUUCAAAAGGCAGUACAACAUAUUGCUUACCAUAACAUCAGGAAUGCAGCAAUAGUUUCCGACAGCAUGUCAGCCCUACAAAGCCAUCCAAAAUCCGGCACACACGUCCACAAUUAUCAAAGAAAUUCAAUACCAUCUAAGGCAGACAGAGCAUCUGCAUGUUCGCCUGGCAUGGACGAAAGCCCACGCAGGAAACACCUGUAA